CGACCUCCACGUGCAGCGCGUAAACAGCGAAUAUUUUGAUAAUUCGAGUUAAUAAAUCGCUUCAACCAUGUCCGAGGAUGCUGGCCAGGACAAGCAGAAGCAGCACCGCGCCCGCCAGUCCGGCGUGAGUGCGGACAAGAAGAAGCUCAAGGCCAAGAAGGACUCCAACCAAAAGGAUCCCGAGCUGACCGCCAGGCAGCGGAAUCCCAAGGCGUUCGCCAUCAACUCGGCGCAGCGGGCGGAGAGGAACUUCCGGCGCAAGGAGGACCUCACGGCCAAAAAGCAGCACAUUCCGGUUGUGGACCAAACCCCGGACGUACCGCCACCGGUGCUAAUUGCCGUUGUGGGCCCACCCAAAGUGGGCAAGACGACGCUAAUCAAGAACCUGAUCAAGAGCUUCACCCGCACGAAUGUCACCGAGAUCAAGGGUCCCAUCACCAUUGUGACCUCCAAGAAGCGCCGCAUCACCCUGCUGGAGUGCAACAACGAUGUCAACUCCAUGAUCGAUGUGGCCAAGUGCGCCGAUCUGGUCCUGCUGCUCUGCGACGCGAGCUAUGGCUUCGAGAUGGAAAUCUUCGAGUUCCUGAACAUCUGCCAGGUGCACGGCAUGCCCAAGAUCAUGGGUGUGCUCACCCAUUUGGAUAUGAUCAAGAAUCCCAAGCAGCUGAGGAAGCGCAAGAAGGAGCUGAAGCACCGCUUCUGGACGGAGGUCUACGAUGGCGCCAAGCUCUUCUACCUGUCGGGUCUGCUUCAUGGCGAGUAUCUGCGGAACGAGGUCAAGAACCUGGGGCGCUUCAUUUCGGUCAUGAAGUUCCGACCGCUGCAGUGGCGCGGUGCUCAUAGUUAUCUGCUAGUGGAUCGUGUAGAGGAUGUCACCAACACGGAUCGCGUGCGUCGAGAUCCCAAAUGCGAUCGCGAGGUGGUUCUCUAUGGCUAUGUCCGCGGAGUCCCUCUCAAGCAGGAGCACAUGGUUCAUAUCGCUGGACUGGGUGACGCUCGCAUCGAUGAGCUGAGCACCAUACCCGAUCCGUGUCCUCUGCCUGGGACAGAAAAGAAGCGCAGUCUGCUGGAGAAGGAGCGCUUGCUUUACGCUCCCAUGUCCGGAGUGGGUGGCAUCGUCUACGACAAGGAUGCGGUGUACAUCGAGCUGCAGGGCUCGCACUCGCACAAGGACCAGGAGCAGACCGCCGAGGCCGCUGAGCAGGCGGAACUGGUCAGCAAGCUGAUUGACAAGAAAGCCACCAUGGAUGAGCAGAUGGAACAGCAGGAGUUCCGUCUCUUCUCGGAUGCCAAGCCCAUCAAGUCCAAGGACUUCCGCAACGAUGAAGACAACGAAGAGGCAGAGGAUGAGGAAAGCAGCGAAGAUGAAGAUGCAGAGGGUGAUGAUUCUGGUCUGGAUGAUGCUGACAGUGAGGAGGAACAGGAUGAGUUUGGUGCGGACGAUUGGCGUGGCGAGAACAGUGAGGAGGAGGAUGCUGAGGAAGAGGAUGCAUCUUCUGGCGACGAGGAGUAUCAAAGCCUGGGAAACGUAAAACCUGCUAACGGAUCUGAUUCUGACGAUGAGGAGGCCCGCGUUCUGGCCAGCAAUAUGAGCUGGAAGACGAACCUGGCGCAGAAGGCACGUGAUGCCUUCCUCCAACGUCAUUCGGAGUCCAAGAACCUUAUGCGUCUCGUCUACGGUGUCUAUAAUCAGAGUGAACGUAGCCGGCAGGAGGCAGAGGAAGAUGCUAAUGAAGAUUCCGAGGAGGAGCUAGGUGGUCUGUUCCGAGUGGCGGCCAAGAAGCAGAGCCAGCAGCAAUCUGAAAAGGACAUCCGGGACAAGGACGAGCGGUGUUUCUUUGAGUACCAGGGUGAUGCCACUCGAGACUGGCUGGCCGAGGACAAUAAGGAGCUGAUCAAAAACUGCUUUGUGACCGGGAAGUGGAAGGCCAGCGAGGAUGCAGAGAAUCUGCUGAAGAUGGACGACAUGAGUGACGCCGAAAGCGAGGUGUACGGAGACUUUGAGGAUCUGGAGACGGGCGAACAGCAUAGCGGAAAACCCAAGGCGGCAGAUGGUGGAGAAUCAGAGGGAGAGGAUUCGAAAUCCGCUGAAUCCGCUGCAGCCAAGCGCAAAUUGACGCGCGUUGAGGAAGAGAACCUUACCAAGGCCGAGCUUAUGGCCAAGAAACUGAAGUUAAAAGCCAAGUUCGAUGCGGAGUACGACAACAGUGGCGAGGGAAAGGGAGAGGAGGAUACUGGCCGCAUCACCGGUGACCACUCCUUCUAUGAGGACCUCAAGGCGGAGGCUCAGCGACAGAGCGAACUGAACAAAAGCGAGUUCGCCCACCUGGACAACGAAUUCCGCAUCCAGAUCGAGGGCUAUCGACCGGGCCUUUACGUGCGUUUGGGAUUCAAACAGCUGCCCGCCGAGUUUGUGGAGAAUUUCGAUCCCAGCUAUCCCGUGCUGGUCGGCGCCCUAAACCUGACCGAGGAGAACGUUGGCUAUGUCAACUGCAAGGUGAAGAAGCACCGCUGGUACAAGAAAAUCCUCAAAACUGGAGAUCCGUUGAUCAUCUCCAUGGGUUGGCGGCGUUUCCAAACGGUGGCCAUCUAUGCCAAGGUGGAGGACAACUUCCGGCAGCGCUACCUCAAGUACACACCCAACCACGUCACCUGCAGCAUGACCUUCUGGGGUCCAAUUACGCCUCAGAAUACUGGUUUCCUAGCAUUGCAGACUGUGCGGCAGGAUCAGGAGGAGAUGCGACGGCUGGGCUUCCGGAUAGCGGCCACUGGCUGCGUCACCGAGCUGGACAAAUCCUCGCAGAUCAUGAAGAAACUCAAGCUGGUGGGUCAUCCCUUUAAGAUCUACAAGAAGACGGCCUAUGUGAAGGACAUGUUUACCUCCUCGCUGGAAGUGGCGAAAUUCGAGGGAGCCAAGAUCAAAACGGUCUCUGGAAUCCGAGGGCAGAUCAAGAAGGCUCACCACACGCCCGAAGGUUCCUAUCGAGCGACAUUCGAGGACAAGAUCCUACUGAGCGACAUAGUCUUCUGCCGCACCUGGUUCCGCGUAGAGGUGCCUCGAUUCUAUGCUCCUGUGACCUCACUCCUGCUGCCGCUGGAGCAGAAGAGCCAGUGGCAGGGCAUGAAGACUCUGGGCCAGCUCAAGCGGGAGCGGGCAGUGCAGAACGCUGCCCAGCCGGACAGCCUGUACACGGCGAUUGUGCGCAAGGAGAAGAUCUUCCGGCCACUGACCAUCCCCAAGGCACUCCAAAGGGCCCUGCCGUACAAGGACAAGCCCAAGCUGGGACCAGAGAACCCCAAGGAGGCGUUGGAACGCGUGGCCGUCGUCAACUCGCCGUACGAACAGAAGGUGGCCAAGAUGAUGAAGAUGAUCGAGACGAACUACAAGGACAAGCGGCAUCGCGAACGCCUGGAGACGAAGAAGCGGAUCAAGAACUACCGCGAGAAGAAGCGCGAGAAGAUGGCCUCCAAGGAGCGGCGGCAGAAGGAGCUGCGCAAGAAGGUAUCGCGGGCCAUCAGCAAGAUGCGGGGAAAGCAGUCGGCCUAAGCUAGUUAUGUUGCUGUUUAAAAAAUAGGUAAUUAAUAAAAUGUUUCUAUGAACCUUUUAAAA